GGCCAGCAACCCUGCAGCAGAGGGCUCCGUGCUGUGGAGAACGUGGUUAGGAAGUGUAUGCGCGAGCUUGUCAGCGCUGAGUGGUUCUCAGCCCGCUGACCUUCGCCUCCCACUGGGUGGAGUAGGGCCUUUAAGAGCAGUUGGAAUGCAGCUCCCCUGAGCAGCUUAGCCAGUUGUUGCCUGUCUGAACCUCUGCCAGUCCUGGGAGCAGCGCUCAGACCUCAACCUGCAGGCCUCCUUCUGCACCCUCUCCUCUGCCCCUCCGGCCCCCGCAAGAUCAGCCACCGGGGAGGAGGCCGUGUCACCUGUCCAGCUAUGGGAGAGGACGCCACCCAGGCCGAAAGGUUCCAGCACCCGAGCUCUGACGCACGCCAGGAGAAGCCCUCGAGCCCCAGCCCCAUGCCCUCCUCCACGCCGAGCCUGAGCCUGAACCUGGGGUGCCCGGAAGAGGCCAUCCGGGACAACUCGCAGGUGAACGCCGUCACGGUGCACACGCUGCUGGACAAGCUGGUGACCAUGCUGGACGCCGUGCAGGAGAACCAGCACAAGAUGGAGCAGCGGCAGGUCGGCCUGGAAGGCUCGGUGAAGGGCAUCCAGAGCGACCUCGCCAAGCUGUCCAAGUACCAGGCCUCCACCAGCAGCACGGUGGGCAAGCUGCUGGAGAAGUCGCGCAAGGUGAGCGCGCACACGCGAGCCGUCCGGGAGCGCAUGGAGCGGCAGAGCGUGCAGGUGAGGAGACUGGAGAGCAACCACGCCCAGCUCCUGCGACGCAACCACUUCAAAGUGCUCAUCUUCCAGGAAGAACAUGAGAUCCCUGCCAGCGUGUUUGUGAAGGAGCCGGCCUCGGGCGCCGCGGAAGCCGAGGGCGAGCGGCGGUCCCUGGAGGCUACGCUGCACUCGGUGGACCUGUCCUCCUCGGAGGACGAGGCGGCCCGCGACGAGCAGGUGGCGGAGGACGCUGCGGCGGAGAAGACUGAAGAGAGCAGGGCCGAGAAACUCAAGCGCUCCAGCCUGCGGAAGGUGGACAGCCUCAAGAAAGCAUUUUCCCGCCAGAACAUCGAGAAGAAGAUGACCAAGCUGGGCACCAAGAUCGUCUCGGCGGAAAGGAGGGAGAAGAUGAAGAAAUCGCUCGCCUCCAACCAUCCGAAGACGCCCCCGGGGGGCAAAAGUUCUCCCUUCAAGGUUUCUCCCCUCACCUUCGGGAGAAAGAAAGUGCGCGAGGGGGAGAGCGGAACGGAGAGGGAGGCCGCGCUGGAGGAGGAGGGGGAGGGACAGGGGGAGGGACAGGGGGAGGGGGAGGGACCGGGGGAGGGGGAGGGCUCCCCCACCGAGGGUCUGGCCUGGCCAGAGGCCGAGCGGGCGCCCAGGAGGGGCAGCGCGAGCCUGAGCAGCACGGAGGACGAGGGCAACCUAGUGCUGGCCCCAGAGGCCCCAGAGGCCCCGGAGGCCGCGCUGCAGCCGGGCCGCAGCGCCUGA